AUGGGAUUGGAGAAUAUGUACAAACAGCAGAAUCCGUUACGACCACCAGCAUUGUCGCCUGAACCAAACGUUAUAUCACCUUCAUUGCCUCCUUUUAAUGGUUAUUUGCCAACAUCGAGUACAAAUUUAUGGUCAUCAGUGCCAUUAGAUGGAAGUCGAUCAGAGACAAAACCAGUGAAUCCAUUUAAUACAAGUAUUCCACAUACGGAAACAUUUGAGCAAAGAUCUUCAAAUAACCCAUAUCCGAAACCAGGCGAUCAAUGGACACCAAAUAAUCCAUAUUCGAAACCAAGCGAUCCAUUGUCAUCAAGUAACCUAUAUCCAAAAGUAGGUGAUCAAUGGCCAUUAAGUAAUUCAUAUCCGAAAGCAAGUGAUCAAUGGUCAUCAAGUAACUCAUAUCCGAAACCAGGCGAUCCAUUGUCAUCAAAUAAUCCAUAUCCGAAAUCAACUGAUCAAUGGCCAUCAAGUAAUUCAUAUCCGAAACCAACUGAUCAACGACUAUCUACUAAUAUCUAUCCAAAAGUAGGCGAUCAAUGGUCACCAAAUAAUCCAUAUGCAAGACCAAGUGAACAAUGGCCACCAAGUAUUACACAUCCAAAACCAAACGAACAGCGGCCACCUAAUAAUGCAUUUGCGAGACCAAGCGAUCUAUGGUCAACAAAUAAACCACCUGUUAAAACAAAUCAAAUAUGGUCACCAGACAAUUCACUUACGAAAGGAAUGGAUACAACAAACACAAAUAAUAAUUUAUCAAAUAUCAAAACGAUAAAAAGUUCGGAUGGGAUAUGUGGUUCCUUAACUAAACGAUUAUCACCUCGUUGCAAACUAGGUAUGCUUGGUUUCGCUAUUGGACUUUUAACAGUUGGCAUUGCAUUAGCUGUCGUAUUGGUCUUAUGGCUCAGAAAAUAA